AAUAUGUGCUGCCUUCAUGCACUCUCGCAGUCGAUUCGAAAAUUUUGCUGAAAAAAGUUGUUAGCGGUUGAUGUUGCUCGUCGCGAAUGUAUUUCAAGUGCGAAGUUAAUAAAUAAAAUUGAAAUCAAAAUCGUUGUUGCUAUCCUGCCGCCAAGGCGUACACAUUUAAACGCCAGUGCACCUUAAGCCGAUAAAGCGUCGUUCCAGCAGAUUCACAUUUUGCUUCUCCAAGAUGUCCAAGUACACAGGCAAAAAAUGUCGACUGCUCUCCAUGAUGUGGCUGACGGCGUUUUUCUUCUUUGUGGAAAUUGUCGUCGGCUACGUGACGAAUUCCAUGGCACUGGUGGCCGACAGCUUUCACAUGUUGGGCGAUAUAGCCGCCUUGGUGAUAUCGUUCUUAUCGGUUAAGAUGUCGCCAAAGAAAUGGUCCAAGAACACUUUUGGGUGGGCGCGCGCCGAAGUCCUUGGAGCGUUGGUCAACGCCGUGUUCCUAGUGGCUCUCUGCUUCAGCAUAACGAUUGAGGCGUGUAAAAGAUUCAUCGAAAAGGAACCAAUACACGAGCCAAAGCUGCUGGUGAUUGUAGGCGCCUUGGGCCUGCUGGUCAAUGUGAUAGGACUCUGCCUACUCUACGAGCAUGGUGGUGCGCACGGCCACUCACAUGGAGGCGGUUUGACGCGCAACCACAGUCGACUCACCGAGCUGGCAAACAUGGAUGAUGUGGACGAUGAGAACAAUGACUAUGCGUACGAGAAGCAGAAGGAGAAACAGGUGAAAAAGUCUAGCCAUGGCCACAGUCACGAUCCGGGACAGAUGAAUAUGCGCGGUGUUUUCCUUCACGUGCUCAGCGAUGCCCUUGGCAGUAUUAUUGUGGUCAUCAGUGCAGUGGUGGUGUGGAAGACCGAAUGGGAGUAUCGCUUCUAUAUGGAUCCAGCUUUGUCCAUUGUCUUAGUCGCCCUCAUUCUACACUCAGUUUGGCCCUUGCUGCGAGAAUCCGCGCUGAUUUUGCUGCAAACUGUGCCCACACACAUUCAGGUGGAUGCCAUUCAAAAACGCCUGCUGGAGAAGGUUGAUGGCGUACUCGCCGUUCACGAAUUCCACGUGUGGCAGUUGGCCGGAGACCGCAUCAUAGCCUCAGCGCACAUUCGCUGCCGCAAUUUGUCAGAGUAUAUGAAAAUAGCGGAAAAGGUCAAGGAAUUCUUUCACAAUGAGGGCAUCCACUCCACCACCAUUCAGCCGGAGUUUAGUGAGAUCGAGGGUUGCAACAUGUCCGAUGGAACAUCCAGUAUUAACAUGAGCGGCUCCGAUUGCUGUGCCCUCGACUGUCCCACCACGGAAGAGGGCUGCGUGAAGGCCACUUGUUGCCAAAAUAACAACAAAAUAAAUCAACUGCCGUCGCCCACGAAUUCACCCUAUUUGUGCCGUCAGCGGAGUGCGGCGCGUCAAGCGGGCGAUCUGGAAGCAGGCUCGCUGCUGGAGGGAAACAAUAGAGUGAGCAUUGUAUCCGCAUCAGCCACAACGGAUGCGAGCACAACCCAACAGCCAAAUGGUGAAAUAGUCUGACAACUUCAAAGCCAAACAACAGCAACAAAGCAGGCCACACAGCAAGUUCACUUUGCCACAACAACAACAGCAAUAAAUGAAGCUGGAGCCACGCCCAUAACACCAGCAACGACACGUGAUAUAAUGUAUGAGCCUGGCACAACAACACAAAUACCAAUCACAACUGUAACCACAGCCACAACCAAUAACCAAGAUGCUUCCAACGCCACGGGCAGCAUAAGUCUAAACCUCUCCUCCGUAACCGCCCAGCGACGACGUGAGUUGCAAAUGCGGGCCGAGCAGCAAGUGACGCUCAAAGCUGGCGCCUGCACACGCAAUGGCGAUGAGGUGGCACUCUAAGUAAAAAACUCUUAAAGUAAAAAACAAAAAAAAAAAAAACCAAACAAACUUAACAUUUUAUUAGCUACCUAAGUUUUUUGUACCAUGUUUGUUGGUAUAAUUGUUGCAACUGCGCAAUGGACUGACUGGUCUGCCAAUGUGCAGUGAUCGGAUAGGAUUUUUAAUUUGUUCGUAGUAGAAUUUAUACCUUUAGUACAUGAAAUGAAAGAGUAUGUGUGCAUGUAUA